AUGCCUGGACGCAAGAGAAAUGCCCCCGAGGCAUCAUUGCCAUUCCGACCUGCUGGGCCCAAAACGCUCAAGCGAAACGCACCGCUUCCGAUCACGGUGAGCCACUAUACACCACUGCCACAGGAUAUGGCAGCUCAAGCACCACUCCAAGAUACGGGGACACCGCCAGAUCUUGGCGACAUUGGCGACCUCUUCGGUGCCAGUAAUGACCGGGUCAUUCUCGGCGAGACAGAUACCGCCCCCUGGGCCAGCGUAGAGCGGUACACCGCUGAGACCCUUCCCGGGCUCGCGAAGCCCAUUUCGAUCACUGGCGGGCGAUAUCCCGCUGGUCCUGCGCAGGAAUGGUCGAGAACGCUUUUGCUGGCUCUCGCCAAGAUGGAAGAGUAUACCGAUGCUGAGGAGGCCGGUGGGAUAUUGUGGAUGAAGUGGCGUGGGAGGGAGAGUGGGGAUGUGGCAGUGCUGACGGCGGAUGAGGUUUGGGAGGUGGUGGAUGGGAAUGAAGGCCGAGGGGAGGGAGAUUCGGGUGGUUGA